AGCCCAGUGGGGAGAGGUAGAGCACAGUUUAAUGGCUCUCAUAUUGUCCUUUAGAUGUCCUCAAAUUAUAAAACACACACGUGCCGAGACAGCAGGAGAGAGCGGGAGUGUGUGUGUGAGCAAAAGGAAAACUUAAAGGCGGCCUGAAUAUUUAUGAUAAUUGCAUUUUAUGCUGCGUUUCUGUUGGCUUUUCUCUCACUCUCUCUCUCUCUUACUCUCAGCGUCGUCGUCGCCUUUAUGCGAGGACAUGUCCGCGUUGAAUCCUUUAAAAGCAUUGCCUCUCUCUCUGCCCUCUCUCCCUCAGUCUGCCAUAAAUAUUUUGAAUAGCAGUCCAGGGCGACACGAUGCGACGCUUCUGCAGUCGUGCUCUUGCAUUGCAUACUUUUUGGCAUAUUUCUCCUAGCAACAGCAGCUGGUUUGCCUCCUUGCCCUGUCCUGUCCUGCCCUUUGCAUUUUUCCUGUUCGCUUUGUGCAUUUGCCGAUGGUUCAAUGGAAUCAACACGCACACCCAGCUGUGCACAUGGCAAACAACCACACACACAGCUGAUCCUCCACCCACUCAAGGCACAGCGCCUCUUUUAUGCGACAAAAGGACAUGUGUUUUUUUUUUGGUUUUUAUCGGCCAAAGUUGUAAAAUAUUUCAUACACAAAGGCGUAAAGAAGACAAAAGUUUACUUAAUUUAAUUAAUUGCAUGCUGAAGCUGUGCAAAUAAAAGCAAUAAUAUUUCCCACCCAAAGAGAAAGAAGAAAACUUUUUUCUGUAUGGAAAACUAAAUAAAUGCCAUAUAAAUUUCAGCUAUUGCACAAAAUUUAUGGCAAUAACAGAAGGCAAUAAAAUGCUCAAAACAAAUAACUAAAAUCAAAUAAAAUAAGAGUCAAAAACAUACACUCACGUUUGUGUUUGUGGCAGCAACAAAGAAAUCAUUGAACCAAUUCAGCGACCAACUCAACAACCGGAAACGCGUUUCGAAUAAAAACGAAUUGAGGACUUAACAGUAACAGUAAAAGCCAAAGCCAAAGCGAAUGCUAAAGCAAAACCAAAGGCAAAGGCAAAAGCAAGGGCAAAAAACAAUGGCACGAGUCCAACAGUUGAACAGUUACUGCAAAUGGCGUCAGUUGAUGAUGGCGACGAAGCAUAAAAACCACUUGCCUUCUUUUAUGACCACACAGCAUGCGAUGGCCAAAUCGAACUGGCCACAACGAGAGCAACAACAGCGAGAUGAAAGGGGAAAAAAAGUGCAGUCAGGAAAAGGUGUGCAGACUCCACAUCAUCAGCAUCAACAUCCAGCUGCUUAAGUGCCAAUGGCUUCUAAUUGAGGCCACGAACCUGAGAGCUGCAACAACAACAAUAACAACAACAACUUAAACGAAAACAACAACAAAAAUGUCGCCCAAGUGGAUUCAAGUGUCGGCCAUGUCGUAAAUAUGAUGAAUGCCUCGCAAAAACAAGCAAAACAGCAAAAAAAAAAGUAAUAAUGUCACUUGUUGCGUAGUUCGAAGGGAGGCGCUCAACUUUAUGUUCGAGUAGCAAAUAAUCAUGUCCUGAUGUCAGAGCAGAGCAGCGUAGAGCAGCGCAGGCCAACGGGGCGUAUGAGUGACAUGAGCAAUGGGCCAUGGGUCGUGGCUAAGAGCUGACCCAUUGACCAUUGUUCGUUUUGCUAGCUUUGCUUUUCGGCGAUUUUACGGCUUAUGACGAGCCACACACACACACAUACAGUCUGUCUGUCUGUCCACUCUCUGUCUGUGUGUGUGUGUAAACACUCUGUGUGUGUGUUUGUGUGUGCUAAAGUGUUGCCGUAGUCGAGUUUAUUAGUAGGGCUUAUGUUUUAUGGCCAAAAGGACAAUGGAUGGCCAACAGAUGUUUGUUUGCCUUUUGUUUGUCUCGCCCCUAUUCAUUCGCACAUUCAGUGAGUGAGUGUGUGUGAAUGAGUGUAUGAAUAAGUGUAUGUGUGUGUGUAUAGCAGUAGUUGUCAUAUGCUCGAAUAAGCUGUCAUAUAUGAAACAUAAUUUAUUAUGUUAUAAAAUAUUAUCGGAUCUCUCAUAACGGGACACAAAUGGCCACAUUGCCUCCACGCUCUACGCUCCACGCUUCAUUGGCCGCUUAAAUCGACCAUUUUGCUCCCAGACUCAAUUAUUCAUAUUGUUGUUGUUGUUGCUAUAGUUGCUGUUGUUGGUGUUAUUAUGACAUGUUUUUGGUUUGUAGUUGUCCUGUUCAGUUCAGUUCGGUUCGGUUCGCUUGUGUGCCUCGCUUGUCUGCCCAUUUAUAACAACUGUCAACUGGCAAACAACUUGGUAAUCGAUUGUCCUGUAGCACAGUGACUGUGACAAAAUGCCAGGCAGCAUUGCGCACGCUGCAAGCAUUUCAAUUCUUUCGGCCCACCUGCCUGUGCAAGGAGCCCGGCAUGGAUCCCGAUUGCAAUCAUUUUCGGGAUUUCCUCUUCGAUCAUCCGUGCGGAUUUGUGCUCAAGAAAGCUGAAAAGGAUCCAUAUCCGAUUGAUGCUUUGCCCACGUGCAAUCAUGCGCUGUCCGUUUGCCAGCAGGAACGCAAAUGCCUGAAGCUCUUCGAGGAUUUCAAAACGCACUGCAAAGUGCGCGACAAUAAAUGCAAAAUGGAGAACAGGGACGCCUGUCAUGAUUCGUGGACUAAUCUGCGUUUGUCGCCCAUGUUCGGAUGCAUCUGUCCAAAUAAUCAUAUGAAAAAGCGCUGUGAUCGUAUAUUUAAUAUUGUUAAUCACAAUCCGUGUGUGGAUAGACUAAUAUUUUUCCCCAACGGUUUGCCCAAACUGAAGCCAAAACCGAAAACGAAGCCAAAGUCAACGUCAACGCAUCGCAGCAAACCGAAACAGAAGCACAACGGCCAACGCAUUAGCCACGUCCACAAUGGCACCGAACUGUUGUCCAACAACAUCGAAUACCAGUAUCACGAUGAGCCCAACAAUGAGCCAAACAACCGACACAACAACAACAACAACGCUGAUGAUGUUGAUGAGGAUGAAGCCGAUGGCGAGGACGACGAUGAGGAUUCGGAUGAUGAUGACUAUGAUGAUCGCAUAAGGGCUGAAAUUUAUUCCAACUAUCCGCAUUAUCUGCAUCCACCGUCGUGGGGCAUCAACAACCCGCUGGUGCUCGCCUCCCACAGUCCGCACACCUCGGAGGACGAUGAUGUGGUCGUCGAGGUGCCCACGACAACAACGCGGCAUGGCCACAAGAAGCAGCAGCAACAGCUGCAGACGCACAUGGAUGAGCUGGAGCGCAGUGUUGUCGACGAUGUUGUCGUGGUUGUGGAUGCUGGGUCGCCGCACAACACACACACGCACAGUCGCACCCACAACUACUACGCACACGGCACGGAAGCGACAAGCACGCUGGGAUCACCGACAAUGGCCACUAACAGCAACAACUUCAGUCUAACUAACACUGGCACCAGCACGCACAAAAUAAAUGCACUUCCUGUCGAUUUAGUCGCCGGCAGCGAUAUUACCCACCGCAAUUACUCUGCUACCACCAUGGAGGAGAGAGUAAGAAUAUUGGGCAUGGACGAGAAAUUGCAUCAGAGAAUCUUCGAUGAUAAUUUGGCGCUUAUUGAUACGCCAUUGAUAGCGACGGGCGGCGGGGCGAACAGCUAUAAUUAUCCGGGCUCGGUGUCCAACUCGCUGCACGGUGUGCUCAGCUACCCGUUCAAUAUAAGCGGCUUCCAUCAGCGCCACAUGGCGGCAGCGGCGGCGGCAGCCGGGGGCGCCGGAAAUGAGUCGCCAUUCGAUAUCGUUGAUACGGGCUACGGCUACGCCAAUGGCAAUGGCAAUGGCAAUGGCAAUGGAAACGUCAAUGGCAAUGGCAAUGGCAACGGAAACGGAAAUGCCGGUGUUUACUACCAAAGUGGUCAGGAUGUGGAAGUUGACCUCUCAACGGAAAUAAUCAAGCAACACUUUCAGAGUACCUGCCAUACAGCGUUGGAUACCUGCCGAGAGGAUCCAGCCUGCUCAUCGUCGCUGCAGCCAAUGCUGAUGCAUUGCGAGCUGCAUCGUUGCAAUCGCAAUGCGUGCAUGACAUCAUUGCAGUCCUUCUACAAAGGACCGCACGAGGACUUGAGCCUGGACAUUGCCUUUUGUCUAUGCAAAAAAACCACAAACAGCAAUGGCAAUAACAACAGCUACAACAACUACAACAACAACAGUCCGAGCCAACAGCAACAGAACGGCAAUCGGCACGACAUGUGCAUGAUUGCACAGGAAAAACUGCAUCCCGUGUGCGCACAGCGACCGCCCGAUAACAAUAAUCCAGCCAGCUCGAAUGGCAUUUACUACCAUCCGCCACCGGCGUGCCAUGUGGUUGCCGACAACUGCAAAGAGGAUCGCGAGUGCAGACUGAAGCUAGAGUACUACGAGCAAGCCUGUGCCGUGGACAGUGUGACGAAGAAGUGUGCCGGCCGUCCCAGCGGUUGUCGCACCGCAAUGAUUGGCAUACUGGGGACCAUGCUGCGCACCACCUGCGCCUGCCAGGGCACAGAUCCCCAGCACGCCUAUCAAUGUGUUGGCUGGCGUCGCCUGCUCUGGAUGAAUCCCUGCGUUGUUGAAGCGCAAAAGGACUUUCAUAUGAAACGUUUGGCCGAGUUGGGUUUCCUCACAACAACAACAACGACAACGACGACGACGACCACAACUACGACAACAACAACUACGACUCGAGCAACGCCACCACCACCGCCACCGCCGCCAACAACAACAACGACCACAACCAGUUUGCAGCCAAAGCAAACGCCAAGGAAACCAGCAACGCAUAUCUUCAAGGCAAAGGAGAAAUCAGAGCCAGCAUCGGUGGAACACAAUUAUCUCGAUCCGCCCGAUUCGGUGCCGUUACACAGCGGAAACGAUGCAAGCGGAAACGGCGGAAAUGACGAUUAUCGUGGCGGCGGCAAUGAACACGACAAUAUACAUGGCACAAGUGGCAAGGGGGGGAAUGGGAUUGGCAAUGGAAGUGGAAAUGGAAAUGGCAAUGGCAAAGGUGACCAUCGGCAGCGGCAGGGCAAGAAAAAUGGCAAUGGAAAUGGAAAUGGACAAAAUGCUGGCCUUGGACGGCAGGGCGUCGAUUUCGAUGAUCCCGUAAUUUUUGUUGACCAAAUGGAAACAACAGAAUUUGUGCACCGCAUCAGCAUCACAGAGCCGACAACCACAACGACCACAACAAUGGCAACCACAACAACAACGCAGCCGCCAAGAAAUUGCGUCGUUCAGCGUCCCCAUCAAAGCGAUCAACUGAUACGCGAGGGCAGCAGCAAGCGGAUCUACUCCUUGGACGAUGCCGAGUGCAGCGAACUGUGCAGCUGCGGCGACUCGCUAACACUCACCUGUCACGCCCUCUGCGUCCCCUUCGCGCCGUGUCGCACCGCCCUCGCCUUCUACAGUCACGCCUCGCCAGCUUAUCAAGCGUUCCGCGGCCGCUGCCUCUGCUAUUCGGGACGUUUCAUCUGCAUGAAGCCACCGCCCGGGGAAUACAUUCUGCCAGGUGGCGUGUUCCUGCUCCUCGGUUACAGCGCUGCCGAUGAGGCCCUGCUGCGUCCACACACCAACCUUGGGGUACAGGAUGCGGUUCGCGCCUUGCAACAAUACGUGACAACCUACAUCAAUAAUCAGACACAAUGCACAUUGACGCUAUUCAACAUGACGGAGGAGAAUAUCAUCAUUGCCGCCCGUCUGCCACACGAUGGCAAGCUAAAGGACAUUGAGCUGCUGCGUCGCGAAAAGGACGAAUGCACCGCGAUACUGAGGACCAUCAGUCAGCAGAUCAACCACGAGCACAAUGAGCUGCAAUCCCACCGACUGCUGAGCAUUUUCAAAAUGUCUGAAGUCGAUGUCGUGUGGCCGGAAAGCACGAGCGCAGCUCGCAGUGGUCAUGGCCAUGGCCAACAGACGGCAGCCAGUCGGUUGCUCUCCCUCCUGCUGCUCUCGCUGGCAGUCACCGUCCGGGGCACGCUGCGUAUGAGCAAUGUGCUCGCAACAUGACACAGCAUCAGCAGCAGCCGCAGCUAAGGCAACUCUAUCCAAUUUACUAACUGAAAGUAUGAGUAUGUAUGUAGUAUGUAAUAUGUAAGCAAGCAGCAAAGGGCGGGGAACGGGGCAAACAUCCUUAGGGGAGGGUCAACUGGGUGGGAAUUUUCAUUUCGGCGGUGCUCUCACUCAAUACGAUAACGAUACACUUACUUAAUUAUACGUAUACUUAAGAGGCGAAUGAUGUGUGUGUCUGUGCGAUAUCUAGAUGUGUAUGUAGCUACAAAACAAAAAAGAGAAAAACGAAAACGAGAUGAAAACUAAAACCUAUUCAGCAGCAUUAAAUGUGAGUUUCUAGUGUUAGGAAUCUACAUGCAUAAUUAGCAAAAUAUGUUGUAUACUUUUAGGGGCUAGCUUCGUGUUAGCAAAAAACGAAAAGAAAACAUUCGAGCGCUUUGUUGUUAACUUGAAGAAUGUGCUCUUACGUUUUUGGAUAGACACAUCGUGUAAUUGAUGUACACCACAAUUACGAAUAAAACUUUACAUAGUCAAACCGAAACCGAAAACGAAAUCCAAACCAAAACUUAAAAAAACUGCUGUCUAAAUAAUAAUUAUCUUAAUAAUAAUUGAAUGAAAAUAUCUACAUAUAAUAUAUAAUGUUAAAAUUAAACUUAACGAUAGAGAACUAGCGAUAAAAGUAACUAUAUUUAUAUUGAUAAUAAUUGAAAGAGAUGUGUGUACAUAGAGCGAGACUUGGUAUCAAUUUAAGGUUUACAUACAUAUAUUCUGACAUAUGUAUAUGGAGAAGAAGCAUACACGUAGCUAGUGUUUUAUACGAUAAAAGUAUACAAAAGAAAAAUACUAGAACAUAUUUACUAACUUCUCUUUUUAUUUAUUGCUAUCAAAUUAUUUAUUUAUUCUCUUUUUAAUUGAAUUGUAAAUCCAUCACACGCUUUUUAUUGUUUUAUGAGACGCCAAGAGAAUUAAGGUUUCAUUAACAGUUCUACAUUGAAUUUUAUUUUCCUAAGUUCAAUUUGCGUUUCUUUGAGAAGGUUUCACAAAUCACGCAAAUUGAGUUGCAAUUACGUUUUCAAGCUGUAAAUAAAUUGAGUAAAUGGUUGAUUUAAUAAGAUACUAACAGUACAUAUCAAAAUGAACACCUAAAUAUACACAGAGAAUCGUAUAAACUGACCCUUUGUACAUACCUCUAUAUACAUAUGUACAUGCAAUUUAAAUAUAUAUACACAACAACGAUAUACACACACAAGAAAUCUACGAUGAUGAUGAACUAUGAAUACAAAUAUUAAAUUACCCAAACAGCAACAACAACAAAACAAACAAAUAGUUAUUGUAUAUUGAACCCCACUUGAGUUGCGCCUUAAAGUAAAGUAAAGCAAAAGUAUGUAAAAAA